AUGUUUGCUACGAGAUCCUGCUCUGCCUACCAAUUCAUCCAGAUGCAGAACUACGCGAUCACGCACAACCUGACGCCCUUCAUCUCGAUGCAGAACCACUGCUCGCUCAUGUACCGCGAGGAGGAGCGCGAGAUGUUCCCGACGCUGAAGAUUUUCGGAGUUGACUCGAUUCCGAUCCUGGCCAGGUACAAGACCGAGGCUAACCUGCAGGUCGUCGACCGCGUGGAAGAGCUCGCGAAGAGGAAGGGCGUGAAGAUGGCGCAAGUCGCGCUCGCGUGGAUCUUUGCGAAGCCCGGUGUGUCCGCGCCCAUCAUCGGCACGACGAACCUUUCGAACCUCGAGGAGCUUCUCGGCGCGCUGGACAUCAAGCUGUCCGAGGAGGAGGUCAAGUAUCUGGAGGAGCCGUACAAGCCAAUGGUCGUCGUUGGGGCUCUUUGA